AUGAUAAUCUUGAAUGAAAGGGAAGUUGAACUUGAAUCCAGAGCUGGAAUUUUCGUAAAAAAGGAGGAUGAGCUUGAUUCUGGAGAGAUGAUUUUGGAUAGUAAGGAUAACGAGCUUUAUUCUGCAGAGGAAGCUCUUGCGAGAAGGGAAAAUGAGCUUGUCUUGAAAGAAAAAAAUCUGGGGGAGUUUGAAAAGGAAAUUGGGGUAUUCAAGGGAAAGGUUUGGAACCUAUGUUCAGAACUACUUUCUAAUGACAAGUUCCCCUACCAAUGUGUUGAACAUUCUAAUUCUCCCAAUCUGACUCUAUUUACAAAUGUGAAAAGCAGCAGGAAAAGAUUCAGGGAUCCAAUAUUGGAGUUUAGAGGAAGUUGUGAUGCUAGUGCUGAAUGCAUGGACAUUCAUAUGGAUGAAAAGACUUGCCGGAGUAAUUCUAAACAGAGUUGCAUACAUGGAAAGAACAAUGAACAAAUCAAAGCUCAUGGUUCUGGUGAUGACACAGAAGAUGCGGGGUCAGUUAAGCAUACAUGCCAAUAG